CUGCAUGAAUGAGAGGUGCGGCGCCCGCCCCUCCCCCGCCGGGCCCGCCCCUCACGAGGGGCCGCCGCGCGCAGUCAGCCGCUGCCACCUCAGCCGCGCUGUGUCCGGACAGACACUCGCCGCCUGCAGCCCGCUGCCCGCCGCCUGCAGCCCACUGCCCGCAGCCUGCCGCCCGCCGCAGGGCGCUGACGGUCCCGCAAGUCUGCCGCUGCAGCCGGCGCGCCCGAAGUUGGCUGAGAGCUCUACUCCGUGUCUUCUUACUCAGAAACUAAUGGAGUUGCCACCAUCUUGAACAUUACCAGCUGUCCUGAUUAAGGGAAAGAAGGGCCUGGAGAAUCUCACACCAUCAAUAAGAUGUUCAGCCUGAAAGAGACAUACAUCAGUUCCCUUCAUAGCUUGCUGACAAGUUUUAGUCACAUGACCCUACCCACAGCAAGACAGCCAGGAAGUACAGUCAUACAUGUGUGCAGAAGGAAGAUGGAAAGCUGAAAAUAUUUGAACUUCCAGCACUAUGUUGAAUAAGAGUGGUGAGAGCAGAUAUCCUGCCUUGUUCCCGGUCUUAGGGGGUUCAUCCAUGAGCUCGGAUUUCCCACAUUACAACUUCAGGAUGCCUAAUAUUGGAUUCCAGAAUCUGCCUCUCAACAUAUAUAUUGUGGUUUUUGGUACUGCUAUAUUUGUCUUCAUCCUUAGUUUACUCUUCUGUUGCUACUUGAUUAGGCUAAGACAUCAAGCACACAAAGAAUUUUAUGCCUACAAACAGGUUAUAUUAAAAGAGAAAGUAAAAGAAUUGAAUUUACAUGAGCUCUGUGCAGUGUGCCUAGAAGACUUCAAGCCUCGAGAUGAGUUGGGGAUUUGCCCAUGUAAGCACGCCUUCCACAGAAAGUGCCUUAUUAAGUGGCUGGAGGUUCGUAAAGUAUGUCCCUUGUGCAACAUGCCAGUUCUACAGCUGGCCCAGUUGCAUAGUAAGCAGGACCGUGGACCCCCUCAGGGGCCCCUUCCUGGGGCAGAGAACAUUGUAUAGCUUACCACAAGGAUCAGACUGUUGCUGGACACGACGUCCGUGUGGAGCCAGGAGGAACACAAGCGGUGUCUGUAUUGGCUGCUCUCUACCUAGGACACCAGCUGCCACUUCUUUUGCCUCAUGAAGAACUCUUGGGCCAGCCAAGCUGGGAACCUAGGUGUCUGGGUCUUGUGACAACCAAAGCACUUUGACACUACCCCCUGCCAAGAGAAGAGGAGUGGAUGAGCCUGCGGGUUUGCCUCAAGAAACUUCACGAGGGUCUCUUACUAACUCCAUUACACUCUCUCUCCUGGAGUCUCAUCUCCAUGUCAAGCAGGAGGGUAAAGAAGGGAACUAAGAGCAGGUCUUUAAAGCCACACCCCCACCUGCGGAUGGAUGGUUUCUAUAGAGGCCACGCAGGCCUUUGUAGCAGCAAACCCUUCCAGCAGCCCUUGAGCCAAGUAAAACCAGCACAACCAGCCGCCAGUGGUCGGUGAGGCAGUGCUGACAAGGCUCAUGUUAUAUUCCUUUGAUAAGGCCAUCUUGGAACCCAAGAGCUUUGAGUAGCAGUGUCCCUCACCACCCAUUUUCCCCUCAGGAUUACAACACCUGCUAUCAAAUCAUCUAAGCUGAAAACAUUAGAUGCGCUUGGAAAGGCCUAGUCAGAAGCCAUUUCCUCUUACAUUUCCCUCUCCUAUGCACCAGUGAGGCCCAUCCAGAGCCCCAGCAGCGGGUGGGCCCUGAGUCCACACUGUCCCUGAGUGAUCCAGGAGGCUGCCCACAUCCCCACAUGUGCACUGUGGUUCUAGUGUAGCUGCUAUGGGCUCACUGCCACUGCCUCAGGAGGGAGCCACUGUGAACCCCUUGAGUGGCUCCAAAGAGCAGUGGCUUUUUGAGAAUGGCCCAUACUACUGGCCAAGCUGGAUAAAGGGGAUGCCGACCCCUUGGCCUCCCACUCCUCCUUCCAUCUCUUCUGUCUCUUGCCCCAUCUCUUUUUCUACUUCAGAAAAAAAAAAAUGCUUGUCAUUCACUUUUUAACACUUUAUCCCAAAUAAGGUCCCUGUGUAAUUCUGAAGCUGGUGAUCCAUUUGGAAUUGUAAAUAAUUUCAGGAAGCUCCUGCAGGGCUGUCCACCGUUGGUGUGUGCCUCAGUAUUUGGACUUGCGAAGGUGAAAGUGUCUUUAUAGGAGAGAAACGCAUGCUGCUCUUCAGCUCUUUCUGUCCAACUUUUCUAGAAAUGACUCAGAGUCCAUUAGGAUUUGUGAAUAUUGUAUAAAUCAGCUAUGGAAAGCAGCAGGUCAGAUGGAAAAUUCUUUUCCACAGCCCUGCUCUCCGCCUCCCUCCAUCUUAGGAGCGCCUGCCUCAAUUCCUCGUCAACUGCUUUGCUCCACUCCAUCCCAUAGAUGUGAGUGGGGGAAGUUUUUCAUUAGGAAUACAUUCUGCGUGACAUGGAGAAUGGAUGAAGGGAGCUUUGCUACUCUGCUCUUGGCAUGACUCCAGGAUUUUUUUCUGGAAUCCAACCUGUGUCGUCUUAGGAGAGGGAACCUGUCCUUGGCUCAGAUGGCUGGGGUCAGAUGAGGAGGAAAAUUUCCAUUAGUCUUAGAAGAGUGCUGGACAGAAUCCAGUUUGGAAAAUUACAAAUCCAGUUGGUCAAAAUAGGCCAUUUCCUAUGUGUGACCUAUUCGUGGUAUGCCAACUGGACUGCUUCCUAAACAGGACAAGGAAAGGGAGGAAUAUUUUUAUAUGAAAGCCUUAGCCUGUCUGGCACCCAUGAAAAGAACUAUGUAUGCACUCCUACUUUACACCGUCUUUUUGCAUUCUCUAUUUGUAGCACGAUAGAAUUGAAUGCUGCAAAACACCCCGUUUAUAGUGAGCUGUUUUCAGUGACCAAUGUCAGAAGGAGGCUUGCUUCUGGACUAGCCUCACUAAUUACCAGCAGCCACCAUUUUCCACGGAAUGGCCUUGGGACAGAUGUCACUUCUCUGUUAUGGGGCUCUAAUAGGAAAGAGAAUUUUUUUUUUCCCUCAAAGGAGGAAUUUCCUAUGAUCAGUACUGCAAAUUAUUGCUGCUCACAGCUUUUGCAGGAUUCUAGUCUUUCAGUUGCAGCCUUUUUCUGUCCCUGUGCAUGAGUACUAACAAAAGACGGCCUCACCAAGUCCGUGUAUUUGAACAGAGGCAAGUUAAUUCAUCCCCCUGUCAGAGCCACAGGCAUGUUGAGGGGGUUGACACGUAGCACUGGACCAGGGCGCAAAGCCCAGAUAGUUCCAGCCGUGAGAGGAAAGCACAAGAAUGUCUGCACUCUGCACUCGGCACCAUCUUGGGUCUGCUUUGCCCGGAUGAGGGACCACUAACAACCUUCUCAGCACAUGUGAAUGUGGAGUGAUUUUAAAAUGCAUUCAUUCUGCUAGGACUGGGCUGGAAGCUGGAACAGUGAGAGUACUUUUUCUGCUCGUAGUCAUCUCCCUUUCCCAGCGUGACAUCCUCCUGCAGCAAGCCUAGUAUCACUAACAGUAGUUCCUGCGACUCUUAGCAACACAACCUGAAUAUUUGCUCCCUGCAUCUGGGUCCUCCACCAGGGCGGGCCUGUGCGUCUGCAUUGCUGUACAUGCAAAUAGAAGGCCUUUUAAUUUACAUCCUCCUUUAAUUCUGAUUAAAAUUGCAGGGUUUUUUGUUUGAAAGACAAUCCUUUUUUUUUUUUUUAAAGAAUGAGUUAGGGACUCCUUUAUACUCUCUUGGCUAAACACUCGAACCCCAUGGUAAAGUCACCCUUUCCGCAUCUAUCUUCAGGAGUUGCUGGGACUUGUUACUGUGUAGAUGCAUGGGGAUUCUGGUCUGCUCCUGGACCACUGGCUGGUAUCCUUUGUGUGUUUCUUAAGCAGCUCAAAGAUAGAAUGUUGCUGGUCUGCUGUGGGUUAGUGGAGCAUAACUCAGCCCUAACUGGACUCCAUGGGUGGCUGAAUCAUUAGUAGUUGCUAGGGAGACAUUUGAAUUCAGCUGGCUUCAGAAACAGGGAACAAAACCAGCCUGACUUGAUUCCUGGUUGGGUCGGUAUCAGACACUAGGAAGUUGACAUCUGCUUUUCUUUGCCACCUGUGAUUUGGUUAGGCCUGUCCCUGGCAGAUAAGGUCCUUGGAGCCUGUGCUUGCCUAGCCAGGGAAGGCAGGACAGAAAUGGCCAAAUAGGGGCAGGUGACCUCUGGGAAGGUCUGAGCUGAGGGAUACAGGGGACCUCCCACCAUUGCCGGAUACCCUGUUCUUGACAAGAAGAUCCUUUUCCCCAGUGCCAAGCCCCUUGGAUCCAUCAGUGGAAUAGCCUCGGGCCUUGUCCUUUUCACAACCCCACUUCAAAAUCAUGUCAUCUCCGUGGCCUGAUCCUGCUCUAAGCUGCUUUGAACAAGUAGGAAUUAUUUUUCUGAGAGGCUUUUUGUGAAUUAUGAAAUCCAUCCUGGGCGGUAUCCCCAGAGCUCUAGGCAGAGUGCUGAGUGAUGGAAUUGCCUCUUGCCACUCACUAGCCUCAGGCCUUUCUGCAGGUUAGCCUCUGAGUCUCUUUUUCCUCAUCUACCACCCAGGUAUUGUAAUAACACCCCGGCACCUCUUAUGAGGGUUAGCUGGUGCCCAGAGCCUGGUGGGCAGCAGGCCUGGUGUCAUGGGGGCUGCUGAUGCCACAUAACAUUAUCUGGGUCACAUGGGCUCCUCUGCUGUCAUGAUAGGAAUAGAACCCCAGCCAAAAAGCCUCCUGAGCUGUAGGGGCUUUCCCUGUGGCCCAGGUUCACCUGGCCCCUUUCUUCCUUGGUCAUCUCUGCCUUUGCCCACAGUGAACUCUGACUUAGUGGCUCAGUGCUGAGUACCCCUUUCUUAAUGUUUUGAAUAGGUAGAGUCCAUUCACGUGGUUCACAAAUCAUAAAGUAGUUAAAAGCC